AUGAAUCAAGAUCAGAUGAUAUCAAGUGGUAUUCAAAAUGAAUUAUUAAGAUUAGAUGAAAAUUCGUUACAUACAAAGUAUAAGUUUGGUGUCUUGUUAAUUAAAGAAGGUCAAACAAAAGAAGAAGAAUGGCUUUCUAAUGAUGGAUAUGAUUCAGAAGGAUUUAAUGAAUUUUUAGACAUUAUUGGAAGAAAGAUAGAAUUAAAGGGAUAUAUGGGUUGGGCUGCUGGAUUAGACACGAAAGGCGGUGACUCUGGUGAAUAUGCAUAUAUAAAUGUUUGGAAUGAGAAUACACUUGCAUAUCAUGUAUCUACAUUAAUACCUUCUAAACCAGGUGAUAAGCAACAGGUUCAAAGAAAGCGACAUAUAGGAAAUGAUAUUGUAUGUAUUAUCUUUGUUGAAGGAAAGCAACCUUUUAAUCCUACAGCUAUAAAAUCUCAAUUUUUACAUGUAUUUAUUGUUGUGCAUCAAGAACUAUUUCCAGCAAAUAAUAAGAAGGCGUGGAGAGUAGAAAUCGUUUAUGUAGAGGAUGUUCCUAGCUUUGGCCCUUCACUGCCUAAUAAGUCGGCUCUCUUUUUUGAUAGAGAUGAAUUAGAAAAAUUUUUAUUAGCUAAGCUCGUAAAUGCAGAAUAUGCAGCCUUCAAAUCACCCAAAUUUGCAUUACCUAUGAAUAGAGCUAGAGAAGGCAUAUUUUCUAGUUUAGUUGGAAAAGGAUAUAAUUUAUUAUUAACAAACACUGAAAAUGAUCUUCUAACAUUACAACAACAAGAAUCAAUGACAGAGACAAAUAAGCCAUUUCAAAAACAUAUUAGAUCUGCAUCUAUAAGCUCAACCUUGUUAAUGGCUUCAUCAAAUUCCUCUUCAAAUAUGACCCGAGAAUUUUCUAAUUUGAAUAAGAGAAGAAUUCAAUUUAUUGCUAUGAAUAGUGACAUGACUUCUCCCAUUUUAUUAUCAUCUCAUGAAUAUAGUCAGUAUCCUUCAAACGAACAAUUUAAUGCUAUUGUCAAUGCAUAUUUAAUGAAUCUAUCUUUAAAGAAGCGAGAUAAAGCAUUAGUAGAUCAUGAACGUUAUGCUCUUAUUUUAAAAGUCUUGAAAGAUCCUAGAAAUACAUCGAUUUCAACUGCUCAAUUUCGUUUCUGGGUCAAGAAAAUGUUUCGCAUGGAUGAAGAGAUUGUGUGUCAUGACAAUAAGCCAGUUGCUGUACGCGAAGAUAUUUACUAUAUCUUGAUUUUAGCUCAUAAAGAAGCACAACACGGUGGAAGAGAUAAAACAUCGGCAAUUGUACGCAGACGUUAUUCUUGGAUCCCUAAAGAAUUAAUCGCUCGUUUUGUAAGACAUUGUCCAUUUUGUAUUUCAAGACGUAAU